GCUGCUGCUGCUGCUGCUGUGGGAGCCCGCAGGUCUGCUGCUGGAUAGACACAGAGACGCAAGGACGGCGUUUAUUUUGGGAGAUUGUUGGGGAUUUCUGGACAAACAACUAAGAUGGAGCAGGAUUCUUCUUCUUCGCCAUGCCAAAGGAAACAAACCAUUAGGACCUGCGGGGUUGGUGCAGAGUGGAGUAAUUCCAGCUCUCUUUUAAACAACUUCUCAGCACGGAAUCCGUCCUGCAGUUUGGCACUUGGAGUCCGCGUCCAGCUCUGCUUUAUCCCGGGAUAGUGACGCACGGUUGUCGCUUCUUCCACACCGACACUGACCGGCGGGAUUCCAGCGCUGUGAGGAUUUAUUUCAGGGUGAAGAAAGACAGAAAGAAGAGGGGAUUUACAGAGCAAGGGAGUUCGCCAUCGAGCUCCAGGAGAAACUGUGUAAAAGUGUCGGUGUUUGUGGUUUUUGGUGCUCUUCUCUCCGUGAAUGUGGACCGACACGUUCGUUCUGACUAUGGUUCGUGGAUCGUGUGCGGGAUCUCCACGGUGUUGGGCAGCUGACGGAUUGGCAUAAGAGUUGUGGCUUAAUUGAGUUGGCGACAGCAGGUCACUGAGCAGUGACUGUGUGGAGCCGUCUCUCUUUCUCCAGACGCAUGACUGAGAAUCACUCUCUAAUGCUGCAGGACAGACAGAAAACGGUGAGCACCGGGCGCGCAUGCUGCGCGCACCGUGCACAAACCUCGAGCAUUGCGCGACGAGUUUAAAUCGAUGUGGCAUCUUUGGAGAUCCCCACGGGACCGACAGGACUCAUCCAAAACUGUCUAGGCUGUCGUAUGUUCAAGUCGAAACGCUCAGGUCUCGUACGGCGACUCUGGAGAAGCCGUCUGGUCACCGAGAGCGACGGGCGGGAUGGAAGCAGAAGAGGUGAGGGAGCGCGGAACGGUCCGUGUGGCAGACACUCGGGGAAGCUCCACAGACACGAGCAGCGGUCAGUGGCGCACACUGACGCGGCUCCGGGACUCACAGGAGAGGCUGGAGACGUGACGGAGUGCGCGGAGCGGGGGGAGGAGGCGGAGGAUGACCGCGGUGCCAUGUGCGUCCUGGAGCACAGAGGUUACAGGCCGGGACAGGAGGGCGACAGGAGUACGGUGACGUGUUGUUUGUUUGGGGAAUGGGAUCUCCGACCGCGGAGCCCUUAUUGGGCCCCGAGGAAAGACGGAGGGGGGCCUUGUCAGUGCGCAACGAGGCACGCUGGUCUGGAGGACGAGGUGGCCAUCACUGCUCAUGUGUUUUUGAAAAGGCUCAAGGAGAAAUCUCUGGAGGCUUUAGCCAAGGCUGUCGACGCCAAAGGAGGGUUACCCAGCGAGUGCGUCAUGGUGCCGAGCACCGAGUUGCGGCUCGGAGCUCAUCACGUCUCUCCACAGUUUCUGCUGUGUAAGCUGUACCGCUGGAGCGACCUGCCGGUCUCUGCCCAACUCAAGUCACUGUGCCACUGCCAGAGCUUCGGCGCAGUGGACAGCGCCAAGGUGUGCGGCAACCCCUACCACUACAGCCGCUUAUGUGAGCCAGAAUCACCUCCUCCUCCGUACUCGCUGUCCCGCUCAGAUGAACACAAGCCACUGGACUCAACUCUGUCUUACACUGAAACUGUGCCCCCCCUCCUCUCCAGUCCGCCUCACAUCAUGCCAAGAGACUACACAGACACUGGUACCUCCCUCGGCUCCUCGACCUCUGGCGGACAUCGCUCUCACUGGUGCAGCGUUGCUUACUGGGAGCAGCGCACGCGCGUGGGCCGCCUCUAUCCAGCCUACGAGCCCUCGCUCAGCAUCUUCUAUGACCUACCUCAGGGCACGGGCCUCUGCCUCGGCCAGCUCCACGCCAACGCCUACCACAGUCGCCGCGACGACCCGGGCAGCCACAGCGCGUCGGGCCUCCACGGGCAUCCCAUUCACGGAGACGGCGGGAACAGCAGCAGCAGCAGUGGCAGCGGCGGCGUGCAACAGAUACGCAGCAGAAUCGGUUUCGGGAUCGUGUUGAGUCGCGAGCCGGACGGCGUGUGGGUGUACAACCGCAGCCAGCACCCGGUGUUUGUCCACUCGCCCACUCUGGACCCACCCAGUGCUCGGGGGCUGAGCGUGAAGAGGGUGAUGCCCGGCUUCUCCCUCAAAGUGUUUGACUAUGAACGCUCCAGCUGGAUGGCCGAGCAUGACGUGAAGCCGGAGAGCCAGGAGGGGCCCUGGGACCCCCACAGUGUUCGUAUUAGUUUUGCUAAAGGAUGGGGCCCGUGUUACUCCAGACAAUUCAUCACCUCCUGUCCCUGCUGGCUGGAGGUGCUACUCAACAACCACAGAUAGCACACACACACACACACACACAGGCUACAUCCAUACUACUACAUUUUCAUUCUAAUUAGUUACAGAGAGUCUUACUAAAGCCAAACAAUCAGGGUAAAGUCAAGUAUAUUUUAUUAGAGAAACAAUGAAAUGAAAGAACCAAUCAGGAUUAUAUCCAAAAGUUG